AUGUCCUCGGAGUUGGCCACAGCUCAUGGAGACUUCGGCACAUCUGAAGACGAGGACGUGCUGAAGACCCCGGGGGCUGCUGAAUAUGUAUCUAGAUACAAGGGCCCCCUGUUCGACGGAUUCCAGGAUGAAAGACCCAAAACUUGGAGGAACUUUUGUUCCUCCAAAUGGCAGAUCGAUAGGUAG